AAACAGCAAUACAUUAAUAUUUGCCAACCAAGAGUCAAUCAUCUCCCUCUACAAAAGACAAGCGUUUUUCUGAAAUCUACCAUCUUUUGAUCAAAGCAAAAACAACCAGAAUUCAAUGGGGAAGAAAGCUGUGUUGAUUGGAAUCAACUAUCCAGGCACAAAGGCUGAACUGAAAGGCUGCAUAAACGAUGUGAAGAGAAUGUACAAAUGCCUUAUAGAACGCUAUGGAUUCUCUGAAGAAGACAUCACGGUAUUGAUAGACACCGAUAAUUCUUAUGAUCAGCCCACAGGGAAGAACAUCAGAAGGGCUUUGAAUGAUCUUGUGAGAUCGGCUGAGCCUGGGGAUUUUCUGUUUGUGCACUACAGUGGCCAUGGGACUAGGCUUCCUGCUGAGACUGGGGACGAUGAUGAUACUGGCUACGAUGAGUGCAUCGUCCCCUGCGAUAUGAAUCUCAUCACUGAUGAUGAUUUCAGAGAGUUGGUGGAUAAAGUCCCGAAAGGUAGCCGCAUUACAAUCGUAUCAGAUUCAUGCCACAGUGGGGGAUUGAUUGAUGAGGCCAAAGAGCAAAUUGGUGAUAGCUCUAAGCCCCAAGGUUCAGAACCAGAAUCAGAAUCAGGUUCAAGUGGGUUCAGGAGCUUCUUGCACCACACUGUACAAGAUGCAUUUGAAUCUCGUGGAAUUCAUGUUCCUUCUAGAUUACGCCACCGCGACCACCACCAUGAUAAGGAAGAGGUGGAUGACAGGGGAGUGAAUGAAGACUAUGAUGACAGUGGCUACGUCAAAAGCAGAUCUCUGCCCCUCUCAACUCUAAUUGAAAUGCUCAAGCAGAAAACUGGCAAAGAUGAUAUUGAUGUUGGGAAGCUAAGGCCAACCCUUUUUGAUAUGUUUGGCGAAGAUGCAAGCCCCAAAGUGAAGAAGUUCAUGAACAUCAUUAUGACCAAACUGCAGGGGAGUGGCGAUGACGGUGAAGGGGGUGGUUUCAUGGGGAAGGUUGGGAAUCUGGCACUACAGUUUCUUAAACAAAAGCUGGAUGAUGACGAAGGAUACGGGAAACCGGCACUUGAGACUGAAGUGAGUAGCAAGCAAGAGGCUUAUGCAGGAGCUGGUAAGCACUCUCUUCCUGACAGUGGAAUUCUUAUCAGCGGCUGCCAGACCGACCAAACUUCAGCGGAUGCCAGCCCAUCAGGGAAUGCAAGCAAAGCUUAUGGAGCACUUAGCAAUGCUAUUCAAACCAUAAUUGCCGACUCAGAUGGCUCAAUUACUAAUAAAGAGCUUGUUCUGAAGGCCAGGCAGAUGCUCAAAAAACAGGGCUUCACUCAGCAACCCGGCCUUUACUGCUGCGACCAUCAUGUCAGAGCUCCAUUUGUCUGCGAAUUCUAAUCUUUUAUCUGCAAGCUUCAGAAACAAAUAAAGUCUAUGCUUUGGUCAGAGAAUUGUUGUUGAUGAGAUUGUACUGCUUGUCUUUCACUGUUCGCUUUAUCCAUAUAUUUACAGUUUGUGUGCUUCUGGACAAUGAAUGGAUUUUGAACAAAAAUGAUUAAUCUAUUGCAGCUAUAACUUGAACAAA